AUGGAGCCAUAGUCUCCUCGAAUCAUUGACAGGUGACUGAUUUCCUACAAAUUACGAGAAGAAAUUUAUUGAAAGGAAUCAUUUGUGAAUUGUUAUGGUUGCGUCUUUGAUUUUAGAGGCCCCUAGCUUGCGUUCUAUCUUUUGUUUAAGUAUAGUUUACGUAUAUAAGGAAUGCUUCAAUUUCCUUUACGUUAGUAGUAGUGCCAGUGGUGAGUGCAUAAUUUAGCGCACAUUAUAGUGAAUAUUAGAUUCAUAUUUCUUUGCAAACGUAAUUGAUAACAUUAUCAUCGAAAUAUAUGCUCGUGGAGUGCAAAUUUGUGUCAUGAAAAAUUAAAAUUAAUUAUAAUCAUUUUCCUUAUAUGGUAAUGGAGCGUUUAGUUCCACCGUUCUGCCACAACGCGGCGCUAGUGUUUCUUACCCUGUAGCGACCUAUAGUUCCUCGAGUACGAGUUUCGAACACCAACUUGCACAAGCCGCAAGUGGCUGUGCGCCUAGCGUCGAAGUCAACCGAUAUUCGAUGUUAAGCAGAGUGCGGAACCGCUAGGAUGGGUGACCAUCCAGCCUAGCGAAUAAUUACAACAACAAACGUCUGGGGUAAGGAGUCGCUGCCAUCAGCCCCACUGAUGAAUCUAGGCAGCGACUCUGAGACGAAACGCACAACCUUUCCUCACCUUACCCACAUCACAUCACUUCCUACAUUAUCCUCGCAUUAUCAUCGCCAUUUCAAACCCUUCAACCCCGUAAAGCAGUGGAAUUUUCAUAAGCGAAUAAAAAACCUAAUUUAGCGUAACGAAUUGUGAACUUUGGCGAUUGUAUUACCCUAAUUAGCCUCUUAGCUUUCUUUCCAUACCCCAUUUGUCCCGUAAAAUGCAGAAAUAAGUAUUUUUAUAAAUAAUUAGUACCACCGAGUCACUGCUAGAUGGCGCCAUCAUGUCCAUUUUGUGAAAGUUCGCACUAAUUACGAAAAAAUCUAAUUAAGAGGCAUAUUUUGCAAACUUUUUCAUAUGUCUCCUUACAAUUAGACUCGCCGCUUUCUUUCUGUGGGUGUUUUGUCCCAGAGAAACGUGAGUGUAAAGAAAACUGAAAUAAAACGUGAAAGUACUACGGGGUCCGGUGCCAAAGUAGGAGUCGGAAGGUAAUAGGAGGAAUUACUUUCUGAUGAAUGAACUUGAAUUCCUUGUCAGUUCACGGACGUUCGUCUGGCAACAUCAUGCAAGCACCGCUACACAUCAUAUUCUUUUUCAUAUUUGUUCUAAAAGAACAAUUAGCGGAGGAAAUUUGGGAGCAAGAUUUGUCCAUGGACAUGCAGAUUGGUGCUUCCACCGAAGGGUAUGAUCAGAUUGCCCUACGUUGUGGGGCAGAAAAAAUGAUAGUUGACCUGCAAACAUCGGAAAAUUUUUCAGGAGUAAUUUACACACAAGGUAGCUUCUAUUCCAGACAAUCUUCCUGUUUUUUGGAUCCUAAUCAAGGUGGAAGCUUCACUAUGAGCAUUCCCUUUAAUCAGUGUGACACAGAAAAUGUUGAUAAUAGAUAUAGGAAUACAUUGAUCUUCCAGCAUGACGAUGAUUUGAUUACUCCUGGUGAUGCUGCUUUUAUAUUGGAAUGUAACUUCUCUAACUCCAAAGAUCAGACAAUUUCAGUAGAAAUGAGUGAAACUGAGAAAAUAAAAGUGAGAUCAAGUAUAUCUUUGGUAGAUGCUGAUCCAGGAAGAGAUAAAACAAAAAGGUUUAAGUAUGUAGUAAGCGACACCAAUAAAGUUGUCUUUGUGCCCAGUUCAGUUUCCAAGAUGAACGACGAGUUAUAAAUCAUUGUUCAAUAUAUAAUACUAUGUAAUAAAACUUUUUAUACUUCAUUUUUACUUAAACUAUCUAGAACCUAAUUAGAAUCUAAAUACUUCGA